AUGCCUCUGGCCUGUAGCUUAAGUCCUUGGUGUUUGACCUGCGAACCCAAAUUUUUAGGGCAACUCACGGACUUGCAACAUUUGCUUGGCAACCUCACCAUCCAGAUGCGUGGGGCGACCGAGAACAUUGCAAAAGCCCAGACGCUCAUCAAAGCGGCCUUGACCACCGGCCGCAUGACCCCGGCAGAAGCUUCCAAAUUGGAAGGAACCUUUGCUGGUAAGCCAUUAGCAGGUGCCACUGCUGCCCUGAUUGCCCGGCAGUAUUGGGACCAACAGCACCGUGUGACUCCACACCUGCAUAGGUCUCUCGAAAUUCUGCAGCUUGCGCUGAGCCAUGUCUUACCACGCACUGUGCACAUGUUUCGCUGGGCUCGCCCGAUCGUUGUGUACACAGAUGCUUCAACUGAAGCGCCCUGUAGCAGCGGUUGUCGUUUGGGAGUUUGA